AUGUGGGUGCUGGGAGUGGCUCAGCCCAAUCUUCUGGACGUCUUUAUAACCCAAUUCUUGGUCCGUGCUAAGUGGACGGAGUGUUGUGCCUGCAUCGGUCGUCGGUUAAUGAUGAAAAUGUUUUGGAUGCUUCUUUAUGGCUGCUUUCUUCCCCUGGCUAGCGCCGCCUAUGACAUUGUGAUGCCUACGGCCACCCACAAUCUCACGGACUACCUGCAUACCCGGCAGAAACGUCAUCAGCUGAUAUACAGGAACGGCGGAACAAUACGGCUGGUAGUCGGACCCGUGAUGCCCACCCAACUGGAGGAUGCGGUUUCCUGGCGUGGUUUGCUCUACUUCUGGACACUCCACUUUGGUGGAUACACGUUGCCCUCAGAACCGCUCUAUCCCUGGGAUAAAUGGGAGACGAUCUAUGCGCGAUCGCUGCAGGAGCAGGUCCGACGGUUGGAUGCCUCGCACGAGGACGAUACCCGACUGUUUGUAUACGAAAUCUUGGAGAAGUACAUGGACCAGGCAAGUGGUUCGGUGGGUCUGGGCCGUCAGUGCUUGUUGCGCGGCAUCUGCGAGAAUGCCCAGAUACAUCAACACUUGGGAAUCGUGGCAGAGCUCCUGAACAUCUUGCUUACACCGGGAAAGGCGCGCUUAGAUCUUUCCUAUAGGGAGGCAUAUGCGGCGGGGCUAGCCGGCAGCCACUGCUCGGAGCAGUUCGAGGAGUGUCCGAGAGGAAAAAGUGUCUUGGAUGCUUUCGCAGUGGAUUUGGAGGACUGAAGGCGAUAGGAGCUUUGCGGGCAGAGCUAAACGUAUGCUUUACAGAGUCUUGAUUAGACUUCUUAUUAGGUUUAAAACAUUAAAAAACGUACAAUAAAGGGUAGAUCCUGAUCAAAGGC